AUGAACGCUACAAACUUAGAAAUUUUGAAAUUUGGUAUUUAUGUCAUAUUUCCAAUUGGAAUCAUGUAUUAUUUCGGAAGCCCGAGUUUUUAUAGAAAAUAUGUAAAAGAGUUAAACUUUUGGCCACCCAAAGAAAAAACAAAUUGUCUACCAAUAAAUAAAAAUGACAUUAAAAAUGAGCUAUAUCGUUUAAAAACAGAAAAAUAUCAGACAAAAACUUAUGGAAUUUCUCAAGAAGAUUCAUGUGAAUCAAUGUUUUCAAGAGCUUUAUAA